UCUUGUUUGUUCUAAGAAAUAGCCCACAUAAUGAACUACUCAAAAAAACCACAUUAGACACAUUAUAAUGAUUUUAAACAGAUUCUUAAAGUUUGUGCUCUUCGCAGGGACAUUUUACUUGGGAAAGGAGCUCGGCGUCUGGGACGAUCCAGUCGAACUGAAAAGCAGUACACCCAUACAAGAAACAGAUGAAACUGUUGAGACGGAGAGUUCCAGAGAAAAAACCGUAGAAAAGAAGGGCCCUGAUUAUCAUAACUCUUUCUUCGACGAGGAGGAAAAAAGAAAGCUCCAACGCAAGAAAGAGGACAUGGAGAAAAAGCUUUGUCCCAAGGGGAGCAUCUGUGAGCCUCCACCAAAGCCCUUAAGCGAAAGUGUUGGCGAAGCCCUCUAUGACACUUGGCUGGCCCUAAAGAAGAUCCCAUCCUACUGGAGCCGAGCGGCUGAAAGUAUGGCCGAUAGCAUUUGCCGGUUUUUUAAGGGUGAUUAG